AGAAUAUUAAACUGGCCAGACAUAGGUCCAUGGCAGCAUUUCUGAAGUUAAUCGAAAAAUUAUAAAAUCCACAGAACCUUUCUGAGAGAUUUGUGUCAUUUUCAUCCCGUUACUUUCAUUCCUGUUGAAUAAACAAGAUAAUACAUUCAUUACAGAAGCCGGAGCAGUUUCUUAUAACAAGAAAUUUAAUCGCUUGAAUCUCCGAGGGGGAAAAACUUCAAAUCAGCAAGAAACAAAUUUGUUCAUAAAGAAAAUAUGCGAAAUGUUUUUUUGUUUCUUCCUGUGCAAAUAUUCCUCUGAAACUUCGUUCGUUCCAGUGCCAGAAUUUAACAUUUUUUCCUCUUCUUUAAUAUUUGUUACUAAUUGAGAACGCAGAAUAAAAAGGAAAUAUGUUGACUAGCAUCGUUUUUUAAUGAAGAAGUGGAAUUCCUUUGACGUUCUUGUUAUUUGCUUUGGAAAAUUAUUCUGUAAUAUCAUUUCAGCUUUCAAAAAGCUUUUGACAUAAAAAGAAAUAAUUUUUGAUAGAACACAAAGAAGUUCAUGUCAUACAGAGGAUUUUGAAAUUAUGUUCUUGAAGUUAGCAAUUUGACAACAAUAAAGUUGGGAUUUUUUUUAUUAAUACAUGUUUCACACGUAAGUCGCGUGACUUAUCGAAUUGUAAAAUUGAAAAAUAAAUUAAAGUAUUAAACUCGUCGAAACGUCUAAACAAGAUUACAUUUCAUCUGGAAUGAAAACACGUAAUUUUCAAACUUUUUAUAUGGUUUAGUUUUUAUCAUAUUUUGAACAUUUUCUUUUUAUUUCUACUUGAAUCUAAUCCCAUUUCAAAAGAAUUAUAUUUAAUGAAUAAAUCAACACUAGCGGAGGAAAAGAUGAAUAACGUCUAAAUAGAAAUUUACAAAUAUACAAAACCAAAAAGGAGCAUAUAUCUAAUAUCACUAUUUUAAAAAAGGAAAGAAAAUAAUUAAAAUGAUUAUUCCAUGCCCUUGAAAUGCAUGAUAAAAUAUAAAAUUACAAUAAUGGAUUUUACAAAGAUUGCAAUAUUGUAGUAAUUGAAAACAAAGAAAAUCCUUAGAAUCUGAAGCAAAAUUAUAAUUAUACAUUUCAACUAAAUCACUUAUCGUAAAAAGUCGGUGGAAAGUAUGGAUUUUAUGUAUAUUAUUGUGAUAAAUGUUUUUCUGAACAACUCUGCAACUGAACCUUCGAACUCAAUGUUAAUUUGAAACUAUAAAAAAUUUCAAAUGUCUUUCUAGAUGAACUUGAUUUCUAUUUCUUCGCAACUUGUUACUAAGUGAUAGUUUUAUAUUAUAAAAAUAUUAAUUAAAAAUUACAUAUUUGGUUUAUAGUAAUUGCUGUAUAUUAUACUCAUAUUUGAUUGGGCAUCAAAUGAGGCAUUAUGAUAUAAUACAUAUACAGUUUAUACACAAAAAUUCAGGAAAGCAUAUUUGGCAAAACAUUUUUUCUGUGUUUUUAAUGCUAAUAUUAAAUUUUCUAAAAGAGUUUGAUUUAAUUGACUGUACCAUGCAUUGUAUUUGAUACAAUAUCCUAAAAUGUUUAACCUUUUUGAAAAAUAAUAUGUUAUCAAAAUGUACAUGAGAAUUUAUUCACUCUUUUUAGAUAUUAGGAUUUAAAUAUUCUUGUCAAUGUGAUAAAGAAUUUUACAGUGGAAAGAACAAAAUGUGAAUUUUUGAAAGCUAUUAGAGAAGUUAUCACUUUUAAUGGAACACAUUGCUUAAAGUUUUGAUAUCUGAAAAAUCGCAUGAAAAUAUAUUGUCUUUUUAGAUAUCUUGUUUAAUAUAGUGUUGUCAAUGUAAUAAAGAAUUUGUCAGCAGAAAAAACAAAAUAUGAUUUUUGAAAGCUACAAUAAAUGAAAAUUUUUAAUAGAAUAUAUUGCUUAAAAUUUUUAAAUCUGUUAUUUAGCAAAUAUUUUGUAAAACAAAAGAUAUAUUUUGUGCUAAUAUAACGUUAGUUAACCUUUCCUCUUGUUAUUAUACAGUACUGAAGUCAAGGUCAAUUGGUACUACAUAUAUAAAUAAUAUAAUGAUGCAAAUACUGUAUUAUGAAAGCAGAAGAGAAGUGAAUCCAUUUAAUAAGUGUACCGUAAUAUAUGCCUGAAGAGAAAUUCUGCUAACUUCUCGAAGGAACUAGAAGAAUUCUGCCAUCUUUUUACAGAAAUUAUAAAAGUUUUGUUAUAUGUUUACAGAAACUAGAUGAAUACUGUUAAAAGUUUUUCUUAAAACGAGAAGAACUGUGUAUCCUUUACAGUAACUAGAAAAUUCUGUUAACCUUUUGCAUAAACUAGAAGAAUUCUGUUACCUUAUUUCUGAUAACUAGAAGAGUUCUUAAUUUAUUAAUUCAUUUAUUACUUGAAGAACUAGAAGAAUACCGUAACCUCUUUCUUGGAAACUAGAAAUAUGGUAUCCUUUUGCGGAAAUUAAUAUUAAAAAAGUUUACUGAUGUGUAAAACUCGACUCGACAGUCGAUUACUCGACUCAUGUGUAAAAACAUCAAAUUUCACAUGCCGAUUUUGUGUAAUAUUUGUGUCAUCAAGCAUUAAUUUAGUAAUGGGUACUGCAAAUGACUGACGUGGAAUUUCAUUGGCUUUCCACUGGAGGCAAAACGAAGAAGGGGCGACGAUAGUGUGUCAUACGAAUCGGUGCCGCAUGAGUUGCGGGACCGAGUUGGCCAAACGGCGGACGGAGCAGCCGAGCAUCCGGGGUGGAAUUCGAGCAGCAAUCAACCGGAGGCUCUCCCGACCAGGGGUUUAUGACAGCUCUGAAGGAAGCAAGAGCAGUGAAUUGCAGCUUGCUGACUGCGAACGAAUCAUUGAAGAGUUGAACAGCCUCGUAGCCACUUUCAGGGAUCUUUUGAUCCACGUGGGCAAAGGUCACGACAGCCCAGAAGUAAGAGAUAAGUUGAAGAUAGUACGGAAGAAAUGCCAGGAGCGCUGCUCAGCUGCCAACAGGCUUCUCAUGCCUCAAAUUCGAAACGACGUCGCUGAGGGCAUACCUGUCGACAGCCAGCAUCUCGUGAAUCUCGUUUGCUGCACACAACUAUUGCUCAGGGAGAUCCACAAGUGCAGACUGCUCGUGAUGUCCCACCCCAUGGAUAUGACCAGUUAUUAUGAAAGACGACCGAGGUCAUCCGGAGUGGCUGUGCUUGAUAAACUGAUAUUAUGGAGGCCGCCAUUACAUGAUUAUCAUCAAGAAGAGCUCAUUUCCAUUCAAAUGGAUAUGGAUUCUGUAUCCGCAAUGUUAAAUGAGAUGUUGGAUUUUAUGCCUCAAGAAACAGGAGGAAAGUCUUUAGAAGACACCUACUACAAUUGGCAACGGCGCAGGAAACGAGCGCUCUACCACAAAUGCAGGUAUUGGAGUUGUUUUUGCCGGGCUUCGACCGUGUGUUAAAACUCCGGUGAUUUUCCAGAAGCUAAAAACAUGCUUACUGUGUGAUUUAGAAAAGAGGAUUGUCGGACUUUCAAACUAUGUAGCAGAAGUGAACCUGUCUAGAAUUUGUAGUGUAUAUUAAGAAAAAGAAAACCAUUCUGUGAAAAUUUUUCUGCAACAUUUAUAGAAAACAUUAGUAACUUAUUAAGAAAUGUAAAUUAUAAUUUUAACAAUAAUGAUAUUUGGAGAUCGCCGGAUAAAAUGAAAUCUUUGAUAAUACUCUGAGACCGUCCAUACUGAUCGCUUCCUAAAGAAGUGCUUUAAGAAAAACACAAACAUCUCGCAGCUAAUGUAGAGUGGGAAAAAAAUAUUGUGUGUCUAAAAUAACGCAUUCACAGUAUCUGAAGGUAAAGUUUGAAUUCCAACGAAACUUUAAAGUGAUCUGGAAUGGGAACUCAACUGCAAGUGGAAUUUGGAUAAAAAUUAUGACAAUAGUCUUCGGCUUUGAAAGUUUCAAUGUUUCCCUGCAAAUCCAUGAUAUUCUCAAGAUCAGUAAAUCUUAAAUAAUUAUUAACCUAUGUUGACAUUUUUAGUUCAGGAACAAUUUUCCCUGAUAUUGCACUGUUAAAGCAGUCUCUUAGAAAUAGCCAAAACUGGAAAAACCUGCAAUACCAGCAAUAGUAAAUAUGUAACAACAGUAUUGUUUCAUAUAAUAUAUACAGAGAUACAUAUAUAAUAUAUUUUGUGAGCAAUUCCGAAAUUAGAUGCUAUGCCAAAACUUUGCCAUUUUCUGAUAUUUUUAGGCGAAAAAAGAUAGCUAUGGACAUCGGGAGAACAAGAGUAAUUUAUAAUAUAGUGUAGUAUGUAUAAUGUUUAAUGUGUCAUAUAUUCCUUGUUUAGCAAUUCAAAAUUUUCUGUGACUUGUAUUUUUAAUUUUUUUAUAUGUUGAUAAACUUAUUUCUCCCCAUGUGCAGAGCUAUCUGUUUGAGCUUAAAAAAUAAUAGAAUGGCACAAAUUCAGCCUUGCGCACAUUAAACAUUAUAUAGUAUAUUAUAUUAAUGAAGAGGUUCACCUUUUAAAAACUGCUUUUUUUUUAAAUUUUUUAGUACCUGAUUUUCUUUUAUGUGGUAGCUCAGAAGUUUUCACAAAUGACAAAUGUAAACAUACACAGCUCGCCUGAAACAUUUCAGAACUAAAUUCGUACAAAAUUGGAAGCUGAAAAAUAGAGAAUUUUCUUAAUUCUUAUCCUUCCGCAUAUUACAGUCCUUGGCACAUUGACACAGCUGCGUAAUUUCUUCCUAGAACUCAUCUUUUGGAAAGUUUUGGUUUCUUUUAAUUUUUUCAUAGGUAUUAAAACAACGACCUUUCAACCUUUGAAAUGAUCUACAGAGUUUUCACUUACUCUGCAGAUGCUAAAACUUGUAUAUAAUGAGUUGAGAAUUAUGGCACCUGUUUCCCAGAAAGUGCAACUACUGUCGAAAUUUUUUUCAAGAAUUUCAUCUUUUCAGUAUUGUCAAAGGUUCAUCAUCAACAUCUCCGCGUCGUCAAAAAAUCGUCCGUGGCAACGGACAUCAUCAAUUAGUUCCUGUUAAUGAUGAAUUUUUAUAUGGCCUCACAUAGCAUUUCAGAUUUCUCCACCGCUGUUUUUCAACCCUUUAUAACAUAAUUUUGAUUGCCGUUAUUUUCUCAUUUUCCAGUUCACACAGCAGGAUCAAAGCAAACGAUUAACAACAUGGUAAAUUCUGUCCGUAAACAGAGGAUGCUUUAAAUGAGGAACAAAAAAAAAGCAAGUUGAGUUUGUACCGUAAUAGAUCCUUUCAAUUAUCCUUUUAUAAUUUUACUGUCAUUUGUUAAGGAAUUAGUCCUAAAACCUUGGAUACACAGUGUGUAUACAACGCUUCUUUAAAAGAUUAGUCGUCAAUUAAUGUGUUCUAAAAUUAAACUUCAGCAUUUAACACAGUUAUAAAAUAAGUGUGUAGAGACAUUAGGCUAAUUGGAAGCAGGAGAUAUGAAAAAUGAGCAACGCCUUUGCCGGGAAUCGAACCACGGACCUCUGGAUUACGCGCCCAGCGUGCAGACCAUUACACCACGAAGGCAAGCUAAGAAGGCGGGAGAAAUACCCUAUAAGCGUUAAGAACGAAGUAAUGUAAAAUCCAACAGAAAUGCUCUCAGCAACUGUAAAUAUUUAAUAAUUAAAAUCUAACUGCAAGGAAGUUCUAUAAAUAAGUAGAAAUAAAUCUCAAAAUUUAAUUUUCAAGAUGUAAAUUUCAAGAUGUAAGUUUAUAUUGCCGUAAUAUUUAAUAUAUAUAUUUCAGAAAAUAAGAGAGUUAUAUGCUUUAUGUAAAUAAUCUAUAAGCAAGAGCCAAAUUGAGGUUACAGUUCAUAUUUUCUGGAAUAUUUGUAGAAAAGCACGAUGGAUGAAUCUUUGAUACAACUUAAAAUUUAUAAGAGUAAGUUAUUCACCUUGUAUUUUUGUGUGUUAAGAUGAGUAGUAUAUAAUACUGAGUAGAACUCUUUUAGUAAUUUAGACACUUCAGACAACCUUGAAUACCCGUCUAGUGCUGUGAAAUGUGUAUUUAAAAAAAGCCAAAAGACAAGUACUUCAUUUGAAUGCAUAAAAGAUCAUCUAAAGUUAUUAUAUAUGAAUGGUAAAGUUGGGACUUAAUUGCUAUUAGAAGGUCUGAACAAUUUAAUGCUUCUUCUAAUAUCGUACAUCAGGUAUGAAGUGGAUGGUACUUUGAUGAGCCAUUGUAAUGUUAGCAAUAAAUGUUGACACUGAUAUUUCGUGUUUUAUGAAAAUAUUUUCUUAUCUUCUACUUCUGUCCAAUGGCUUCUUCGGCAACAUUUUACGGUUCAAUAUCUUUGCGGAUAUAACAGCUAGCUUACACAACUACUUACUUUAUUAGAGUAAUACAUUAAUGUAACUGAGUCAAAUAUUGGGUAAACAACUUAAAAUAUGUCCAUUAUAGAAGGACUGUGUGUAUAAGUUACAUCUUAAGACCUAAUGAGUUAUUAAAAGGUAUUAAAAGUAUUAAUCAAUUAUUAAAAGAUAAGGUGAGAGGUGAGAAUAUACACUAGUAUAUAAAACUUCAGCAAUUUUUCUGAUUUUUGGCAGUAGUUCCGCAAAAAAAAACCAAAGAGCCUUAGUAAGGGAUAGGACGUUCCUUAAUAACAACGGUUAUGUUGCACCGUCUGUCGAUACUCAACACUAGAUUAUUUGACAGUUCUUGGGGUCAGAGUUUCCCAUUCUUCAAGGAGCUUCUGUUUCAGUUGUCUGGUGUUUUUUGGAGUUACAAUCCUGCCGUUAGGCAUCACCAAAAUCAUCCACAUACGUUCAGUGGAAUUUCAGUCAGGGAGCACACUGGCCAAUACAUUCUGUGAAUAUCUUCAUUUUUAAAAAGCUCCUCAACAGAAUGAGUCCUGUGUAAUAGUUUAUUGUCAUCCACCUUCCCACAUAAGAUUGUCAAGACCACCCCAACAGUCUCAUUCUCUAAUGUUAGUGGAAUGAAAGCGUGUUCCUCAACUGGGGCCGAGAAUUAUUCAUGAGACUGAAACGACUGUCAUCGGUAAAGAAGACGUGACUCAAUUAAGGAAGUGUCCAGUCUUUAUGCUCUUUACACCACUGUGCCGUCGAUGGGUUUCUGUCAAUGGUAUGCAACAUUUAGAAUGGUGGGUGAGUAUGCCACCUUUAUAAAGUCGUCUGAUCACAGUAAAUCGAGAUACCUGUCGCCCGGUCGUCCUGAGCAACUGCUGAGCAAUGUUGACCGCUGUCUCGUUUCGAUCUCUUUUCGCCUGCAAGGCGAUAUAUUGGUCAUCAAUCGCCGUUGUUUUCCUUAGCCGGUAACCACCAAUCUUUCUCAUAGCUGUAUCUGUAAUUUGAAAAGCUUUCCAAGCUCGUGAACAAUACUUUUAUCAUUUCCAAGCUCUUGGGAAACAGAUGUAAGACUACGCCGUCAAGCUUGCCUGUCAUUCUUCUAUGCAUAAAGGAAUAAUGAUGUUUUCUUGUAGCCGUACUACACGUAUAUCUCACUUUCAGAAGAAUGCGUGGAAAUGCGCUUUCAUCUUUUCGUGCUGCCUUUCACUGCGCGCAAUGAUUCCUCGCGUUUUGCGUGCCCUGUGGGUAUCUUCUGACGGCAUUGUGCUGAUGCUUACAUAUGCGCCCUUUCUGCCGAGUCGGCUUUUCAUUGUACUAAUCGCAAAAUACCCUUUUUAACAAUUUCUUAGUUUGUACGUUGGAAAUUAAAUUUGCUGCUUAAGUUUUUUUGCAUACUAGUGUAGCAGAAAAAGUGGUGCUAUCAUAAACCCGCAAGAAUAAAAUUUAGAAAAAAAUGCUAUAAAUGAAUCCAAAACGAUAUAUUUGACAUUUAUAUAGCUAUCCUAUCAUAAUAACUGUUGUAGCUGAUUGAUUUAUAUGGCCACUAGCGGAGCUGCAGAACUGUGGCCUUUAUUAAAUUCAUAUCUGUCAACUUUUAACAAAUUUUGUGUAAUUCUUGCGAUGCCUAACGUAGUUUUAUAGUCUGAAGUCAGAGUAGUUUUUUUUAGGGGGGGAUGGAAACUUAAAGGGAACUUUUAGCAAAAACAAUGAAAUUAAUUUUUCACAUGUUUGAAAAUUUUGAAACAGUUACACGGAUCAUGAAAAGGGAAAUUAGACAAAUAAAAUUGAUUUUAACAAUUUUAAUUUAAUUUUAAUUUUUGCUUCUGCAAAAAAAUAAUUCAAAAACUGCGCUUUGAAAUAUUCAUCGUCUUAUUUAAAUUCAAGAACAGGGUAUUUAAAAAUUGCCAAAAUCAAAGAUAAAGAUAUUUUUAAACAUGACAUAAAAGGAAAGAAAUUGUGGCAAUUUGUCGUUUGUCGUUAACGCGUACUCUCUGCAGACAUUCGGGUUAUCGCUUGUAUUUCUUUUUUUAUUAUAUCAAAAAUAAAUCUUCGUUUUUGUGAUAUGAAUUCUUUGUUGUGUAUUUACAAGUUUCAGUUGUUAUCAGCCGUUGGCAAUUUCAAGACAGAUUUGUGUUAAACUAGUUUGCUUCAAAAUUUGAAAAUUUCAUAAUGAUUUUUUUACAAAUAUAAUAAUAGUAUUGCAAUAUCUUUAAAACAGCACUGAUACAUUAAACUAAAUUUUCGUAUGAAAAUAAUAUUAAAAUGAAACUUUUGAAUAUCAUGUUUAAAAAUAACUUUAUUUAUUUUGGCAAUUUUUAUGUACGCCCGAUUCUUAGAUUGAAACAAAAGGAUAAAUAUUAUAAUUUAUUUUUGAAUUAUCUUUUGCAGAAGCGAAAUAACUAUUGUAAAUAUUUUAAAUGUGUUAAAAAAUAAUUCUGCUUUCCCUAUUUAACUGUUAUAACCAGUCUCAAAAUACUCAGAUAUGCUUGGAAUUUACUUCACGGUUUUUCUUGAUUUCCCCCCCCCCCCCGAAAAUCUUGCAACUUUUUAUUUUUAGAAAGUAGGCAAGUAUGAAUGAUUAAAUAGUUUAAAAAUUUCUUCGUGGUAAGUUUGUUUGGAAUUGAAAUAUUGAAUUGUUGUAAUGAUCACAACGACACUGACAGACACAAAUUUGAAUGCCAUUUUUAUAAUAAACAAUCUGUUCUAUUCCUUAAGCUGAGAAAGGAAACUAAACACGCAAAGAUACGAAACACGUGACAAAAACAUAUCACUCAUAAAUAAGCCCACGAAUCUUUUAUUCUUCGGAAAUGAACAAGUGUAUAUUUUCUGCCAUGAAAAAAACAGUAUGAAAUGCCACACUUUUACAGACUCAAUAAAUGCUUCUGGAUAAUGAAGAACCGAAGCGAACAUACUCUAGUAAUCAUGGAAGUCGUCUAAGUGUACAGUUUGUUCAAGUGAACGAACGGGAGAUUGCAAUCUCAGUAUAUCACAGACAGGAGUAUUUUCUUCGGAAUUUUGGCUUCUAGCAUCGAUCAAAGAGAACUUUAUUCAAAAAAUGGACUUGACAUCCUGAAAAUUCAGGAAAGUAGAUUCUCAUUUUCUUAGGGAAAUAUGUUGUUUUACAUUAUGACUGAUACUAUGAAAUAAAUAAAAACGUUUGUAGAAUCCUACGUGUGUCUGAAAAUAUAAAAAUAAAGUAUUCUUUUUCUUAA